GGCUCACCAACCGUCCGUACGUCAUUGGCAGUGAACGGAACGAAGUGUCGUCGUAUAGAUCGCUAGCUGGCUGUCUGAAAAUAGUGAAUCAAGUAUGAGUUUUCGAAAAAUGUUCGAAUAAAAAGUGAUUAGUGAGUGACUGUCAUCCAGCAAGAUGGUUGAUGACGUGAAAGAUAUUAUUGAAACCGCUGAAAGCAAAGCAGCAGCAGCAGAUGCCAUAGACCGAGCGAGGUUAGCUCGCGAACGACGCGAAGCCGAACAAAGGAAAAGAUUAGACGAAUUAAGAGCUCACGCGGCGGCAGCGCAAGCGCAGCGGGAGAAACGAGAUGAAGAUAGACGGAAAAGACAAGCUGAACAGCGAUCGAGGGACGAGGAUCGACGGCAACAGUUACCCGACAGUCAGACAGCCAACCAAUCGGUAGAAGAGCGCAAGCGAGCAAUAUGGGAGGCGUCGGUGUCUCGACGCGAGGCGCUGUUACAACGCGAGCGCGACCGGAGCGAGCGGCUGGAGCGAGCGAGGGCCGCUCGCUCGUCGCCGCGGCCCGCUUUCGCUUUCGGCUCGUCGACGCCGCGGCUUCUCGAGCCGCUAGAUUCUAGUGGAUUUUUCUGGGCUGCGCGCAGUACGAACCCCAUAGAUCAGAUGAACUUUUUUGAGUCGCUGGCGGCAUCAACUACAAAUGUGAUGUUCGCGUCUGCGCCGCUGGUUAGACGCGCCUCGGCCUUGCAUUUGGACUCAGACAAUGAUAACAAAGGAAUUCAAAUGAUGACCAUGAGUUUAUACGAACCGGACCGGCAGCCGGCGCCGGCGUGGUCGUCGGUGGCGCGGCGACGCACGGACCUGGUGCCGACGGUGCCCGCGCCGCGCGCGCCAGGUAGAGCGUACUCCAUGACCCGCCUGGACCGCCUCGCCGCGUCCGGCCCGCAGCCGCCGCCGCCGCCGCUGCUGCUACCGCACCGGACUCAGACGCGGUCAGGGGAGACGACGCCGAGCUCGCGGCCCGGCAGCGCCAUGUCCGUGACGCGGCGCGCGCAGCCGCGCCGGCCGCGCCCCGCCUCCAUCGCCGGCACUGGAGUCAACACGCCUAGAGGUGGCGUGAACUCGUCGAGCCUGGCGACGACGCCGUCGGUGUCGCGCGACAGCAGCUCCGUGUGCGCGGAGCUGCGGCGCCCCGUCUCCACCCCCCGCCGCCCGCGCCCCGCCUCCGUGCAUCUGCACUCUGCUGCUGCUGCUACUGCUGCUACAGCGUUGUCCGUAGCGCCAGGGGAGGGCAAGCCGCCGCCGCACACAAGUCGAAAGCCAAAGCCAGCCAAAGAACAUGAUAAGUCGCGCAACAAAUCGCUGUCGGCGUCGCCGGGUCGCGCGCUGUCGCCGUCGCCCGCUUCUAAAGAAACUAGUGUCGAGAAAGAAGUGCAUAAGCCUGCUACAGUGGCGGAUAAAUCCCGCGUGAACGCCGUGGAGGUGACGCGGAAAUUAGAAGCGCUGCAGAUACAUGAUGACGCGACCAACCAAACCAUAGAUGAUAAGCUAAACGAAAACAAAGAACACGUAGAGGUUAAGCCAUCGAAACCUGAAGAACAGGAGGUACACAAGCCAGUCGAAAAGGAGGAAGUGGAGAAAUCUGAGAAGAUAGAGAAAGUGGAGAAGGUGGAGAAAGUAGAGAAAGUGGAUAAAAUGGAGAAAGAAAAAGAGCCAUCGCAGGAAAAGACUGAAGAGAAUGAAAUGACAGCGUCAAUGACCGCUCGAAGAAUCACGACGGAAGAGGAAGCCAAAGCCGCUCUAGCUGAGAGGAGAAGGCGAGCAAGGGAAGAGUUGGAAAGGCAGGCUGAGCUUGAAAGACAGAGACUACAGCGCGAAGCCGAGGAAGAAGCGGAAAGACAGAGACAAGAGGAAGAGAGACAGAGAAGAGAGGAAGAAGAAGCGAAGGAGCUGGCGCGGCUUCAAAGGCAAAUGGAAGAAGAAAAACUUAGGAAGGCUAUUGAGGCCCAACAACAACUGGAACGCGAAGAAGCCGAGCGCAAAGCGCGCGAGGAAUCGGAGAAAGCGUUGCGCGUCAAGGAAGAAGAGGAAAAGAGGAGGGCCAAUGAGGAAGCGGAGAAGGUUCGCCGCGAGGAAGCCGAGCGGGAGGAGAAGGAGAGGCUGGCGAGGAAGCAGCGUGUGGAAGCUAUCAUGGCCAGAACUAGGCUUAAGAAGCAAGCAGAAGAAGACAAGAAGCAACAAGACAAAGCGCCGCGCGCGGGCGCCGACGCGAACGCUGACUUGCUCGGUUUCGGCACUAGUCAGCCGGAAGCGUCGAAACCCCAAGAAGGCGAGGCGGCGCAGCCGCAGCCCAGCAACGGGAACCUCGCGGACUUGCUGGGGCUGUCCUCACACAACCAGGUCACUACCGAAGACAAACCCCAAGAGCAGACGCCCAAACAGAUAGACAACGAGACCAAUAACGGCAACGUUGGCGCCAGCGUUGGCCACAUAUCGGCCAACUUCAUCCAAUCCGAGCGGCUCUCAAACGAAGCCCAAAAGAUGGAGAAAAUUCUAGACGACGACUUCACUACGCACAACGGCCAUGGGCAUAACCACCCUCUGACGUUGCAAAAUGCUAUAUAAUCUGUGGUAUGUUACAUAGUGAUGGUAAAUGAGUUUUCAUAGCGUAUAUAUUGGCUGGCGGAUGCGCGCGCAUUGUGCACUCUAUGUGAAUACAUAUCUGUGUAGCUUUGGGAAAAAUAGCAAAGUUUGUUUUUGGGAAUUUAAACAAAAAAUAAAACUGAACGGAAAGAAAAAUAAAAUGGAAAAUUUGGAAUGUUAUCAUGACAUUGAUCAGAUUUUCUUUAUGGAUAAAAUACCAGGGGCUAAGUUUUAUUAAUUAGAGUAAACAUGAUUACAGCCACACUAAACAUCCAAUCAGAUUGGUCUAAAAAUCAUAAUUAGUUAAUUUGUUUGCUGCUAUGUCUUCUAAUUCGAUUGCGACAGAGACAUUUCUCAAUCUUUGAAUAUCCAUAAAAUAUAUCAAAAUAAAACAUCUUACAAAGUGUACAAAACCCAAUAAGAUUAGAAAUUAUAAGAGUGAUAUUGACCAACUAAGAAAAACUCGACAAGUGCAUAUAUUAUAUCGGCACAUUAUAAUUAUAUAACUAGAAAUUUAUCGCACUUAGUUGCACAUCUAAAAUACUAAUAUAAGACAUAACAUUUGCACUUAAAAUCUAGCAGUCUCUAUAAAAUGAAAUGAUGUCUAAACUCAUGACACACCCAGAAUUAAUAGUUACUAGAAAGUGACAUCUUAAAUUGGGAGCAUAACAAAGACAAAGGAAAUCAAAGAGACUAAGUUAAGGUAACCAAAUGAGACAAAAUAUAUCCAUACAACUUCCCGACUCAUUUGAUGCAAAGCGGUAGAUUGCGCGUUGUAAAACAGAGCUCGCGAUUAGGGACAAAAUAUUGCGCUCUGUCCCGUUUCAUCUUAUGUAUUCCUAAUACGCGUGUCUCUUUCUUGUAUGAGCGUAACUAAAGAUAAAAAGUCUAUAGCUUUCUCAGUCUGUUAUUUAGAUUUUAGAUAUCGUUUUAUAGUCAGAGAGCUAAUCGCUAGAAAAUAGUUUUUAUACGAAUCGUGCCUUAGUUUUAUUUAGUUCGGUGCUACACUACAAGUCGAAUUAUAAGCAAAUUUAAUAACGUUAUCAAAUUGCAAGUAUGCUAAUGAUAUGAGAAACAAAAAUAAUACAAAUGCUAGUAAAAAUUCGAAUGCGAUUAAUUAGAAAAACUAUAAUUUUUAUUGGUAGAAAAAUUUUGCCCUUUCAAGGUAAGGCGUGAAAAGUUGGAAUUUGUAUGUAUACAGCCAAUAUGUAUGCGUGAAAACGGUUUGUUGGUCUGUUAUAUAAUAUUUUAUUUGGCGAAUUAUAUAUCUAUGAUAUUUAUAUCGUGAGCGAAAAGACGUAAAAUCAUUAGCCGAAUAUUUGUAACUUGCGUGAAUUUCAGUUUUUUUACUUUAAAAUGUGUAAAAAUAUACUAUUUAAUGGGUAUAAUCUAUCAUCUUACAGAAACAAUAUUAACAUAUUACGCCAAAUAGAAUAUAAUUACAGAAGGUUCGAAAACACUAAAUUAUAAUAAUAUAAUUAUUAUUGCAUUUAUACUGCAAAAGAUUUAAAAUAGCUUGUUUUUAAUUUGCAAAUUAGACGGGGAGAUCACGGCUUGAAGUUUAGGGGUAAUAUUUUAAUACUAAUAAAACUUAUCGGGGUGAUAUGAGAACACGGAUUAACGAUUAUGUUUUGAUGUUUUAACGUUAUUUUGGUCAUAGAGAUCGCGCAAUGCUUCGAAAAAAUAAAUGGUUUAAUAACGCUAUUUUUCAUGUUGUGGGAUCUAUUCUUAUUUAUUGGAUUAUGUGGAUUUUUAUAUAAGUUUAUUUAUGAUCUUUCCUCAUUUAUUAGAUCUUUGUAAAUCAUUGCAUUAUAUUAAAACAAUAAUAAAAUGCAUGCCCAAUCUUUAUAUACACUUCCGUAGUUGACUGACUGACAACAUAUAGCCGAAACUACUGGUUGUCGAAAGCUGAAACUUUGUAGAUUCAAAUGUAGUAGAGUACUAAGGGAAGAUUUCCCCAAAUUCCUACGGGAACGGAAAUAAUCGGUAUUUUUGCGCGCGUACGAAGUCGCAAGCAAAUAGAGAAUACUUGUCGAGAGCUCGUUGUACAGUCAACAGCACCACAACCUACCCAAAUUCACUGCAAACUCGUCGCUAUUACCGCGCCAUAGAGGUUCAUGCUGGGUGACUUGACUGUACCAUUAAUAUUGUUCAUCUCCAGUUCGUGUGAUCUCUAUGAAUCAAUUUAUAUAUGUUUAUUCCUACAUGAACCAUCCAAACCAUAUCUAAAAUAUAUUAUCCGCAUGUAGUCACUAUGAAGAAAAUACAAAAUUAUCCUAAAUUCAAAUACUAGUUUCAUUAUAUCAAAACUUAUACUGUAUAUUCCGAAUAUGUACUUGUAACUUAUUUUUUAAAUAUGUCAGACACGUGUCCUUUCCAUAUAAAGUCAAGUCAGUAAAAUUGUUCGAUGUUCUAUCAUUAUUAGGUUGUGUAUAGAUAGCUGUCCUUAUCAACAGCGUUUAACAAUGUGUACAUUAUAAGUUUUAUUUAUUGUGAUGUUUUUAUUGUUAGAAUCCUGCCUGUUGGUGAAAUAAUUUUCUUUCUCUGUCGCACGUCGACGAACCGCGUCGUGGAAGCGAGAUGGAUGUUUCGUCCACGUUAUAUUAGGACUGAUUUUAGGCCGUUGCCAUCGUAACCAGUGAUAAAAAAUAUGUGUUUAUUUGCAAUACGUACGAGACGAUUUUAGUUUAUUGCGUACAUUUGUUAUGCUUUUUGCAGUUUAGAAUGAAUUUCCAAUAUACAAUUUUCUAUAAUAAUAUUCUGGUUCCUUGUAUAUCAGCGAUAUCUUGUACACCAUUAUGAUUUUAAGAUAUCGUUGGCAUAUUUCAAUUCAACAAAAAUACCUAUAUAAAAUAUUACUAGGUAUUUUGAAAAAAUAUCAAGGAAUUAUUUAAUAUCUUUGUGUCCUCAAUAAAUACAUUACAAUUUUGUCGUAUAUCUGUCGCAGUCACUCCAGGCAGAGUGAAGGAGAGAGCUAAUGCAUCCUCAUUUAACAAUAAAUCAUUAGCAUAGUGUAGGAAUCAAAUUCGCAUUGAAUGAGUGUUGACUUUUGUGAGUUUUUACCAAUAAUAUCCUACGAAUAUUUUACAAAAUUAUUGCAUUAAAGAAAAUUAUUGUUAUCGUCAUAAUAUUUCGGAUUUUGUAAAUAUAUUGAUAGAUAUUCACAAAAGUAGUCUGGAUAUAUAAUAUGCUUAACAAAAAUUCAAUAAUAAAUUAAAAUAAAUAUGUUAUUAACGACAUGCAUAAACAAUUUUUGUAUAAUAAGUAGUUAGAGUUUAAAAAUAAUUGUAUCAGUCGUGUAUUCUGUUCGUAUGCUGUUUCUUGGAAGGUUUUUUUUAUGUUCCAUAGGAUGUUAUUGAUUUUUUUUUAUAUGUCAUGUGGAUAUGUGGGGCACAGUAAAUCUAUUACAUAAAAUACUACAUCUUUUUCUUAUUUAAAAUGUGUAGACACAUGUUAGCCACACGCAUAUCCACGUAAGAUGUAUUCGUUAUACAGUCUUAUGUUAAAAAAAAACUGUUUAAUUGCAAAUAUUGUCAUAAGUUAUUUUUAAUGAAAUUACGAUUGAAAAUGUUAUUUCAACUGAUGGUUUACAGUCAAAUUCAUUAUAGAUAAUUUUAGUUGAAAGUACUUUAAAACCGAUUUUAGUUAAAAAUAUCUUGAAAUAAUUUUUGCAAGUUAAAAUUUGUUUAAAAACGCAAAAUUCUCUGACUGACACUUUCAUUGUAAUUAAUUUAUUUCCAACUUCUAUUAUAUUAGUAGUUAAUAACAAAUUUUUUAUUAAUAACACCGGGAUUAACCCAAAUGUAUUCCAUGUUCGUUUGUAAUAGUUUUUUUUCUUUUCUAAAUAAAACCUAUUUAGUACAGUUCGUCGCGAAACAUUUUUGUGGUUGCAAAAAUAUUUUUUCUCGAUGGACUGUACCAAAUAGAUGUUAUCACUUGCUUGUAUAAUUUUUUUUAUUGCUAAUCAAACAUAUAUUUUAAUUUGAUCAUGUAUCUAGAUUGUUUUCGAUUCAUUUUGCGAGUGUGAAGUAUACAAUAAUAUGUGACGGGUGCCGGUAACCACUUUCCUUCGAGGCUUGUGGCUAUUUAAUAAUAUGAAAAUGCGCUGUAAGAAAGGUGUAAAACACAUAUUUUCCAUUGUUUUUUUAAAGAUACUUUUACGUUUUGACAGAUCGAAAUUAAAUAUGGCGUCCUGUCACCUGUCACAUUGCAUUUGUAUGGGUGUGUUCGCACACGUCGUUGGUUGCCAGUUUGUCACUGUCAUUCAUCUAUCUAUGUAUUUAUGUAUAUCACUUUGAGACAUGGCUUAUGUACGUUCUAUUCUACGUUAUUAUUAUGUUAGCAAUCGAUGGAUUUAUAAGAAGCAGUUUUAAUAAAAAUAUCAAACUUA